GAAGCGGCUUUUGUCCCCGAGCUCGGAAUAAAGAAAUCCGGACUGGUCCGCUGGGCGCCGGGAUGCCGCAGGUUUAGGAUGGAGCUCAGGUACUGUACCCCAAGGAUGCUGGCAGGGACGCUCUGACUCAUUAAGGCACAGCUGAGUGUCAGCAAAGAGAGGAGAAAUCUGCUUCCUAGACCUCGUCCUAGGGGAAAACCCAUCAGCGUUGCUCAAGGCAUCGCCCGGCCAAAUGGAGAUCACCAUGGGAGUCACCAUGGGUGAGAAUGCCACCAACUUCCUUUCGGUGCUUGACCCCCACAGAACCCAAGCUGCUUCCUUCCCAUUCAACUUCAGCUAUGGCGACUAUGAUAUGCCCUUGGAUGAAGAUGAAGACGUGACCAAUUCUCAAACUUUCUUUGCUGCCAAGAUCGUCAUUGGUAUGGCCCUGGUGGGCAUCAUGCUGGUCUGUGGAAUUGGCAACUUCAUCUUCAUCAUUGCCCUGGCCCGCUACAAGAAGCUGCGCAACCUCACCAACCUACUCAUCGCCAACCUGGCCAUCUCUGAUUUCCUGGUGGCCAUUGUCUGCUGCCCCUUUGAGAUGGACUACUACGUGGUCCGCCAGCUCUCCUGGGAGCAUGGCCAUGUCCUGUGUGCCUCUGUCAACUACCUGCGUACUGUCUCUCUCUAUGUUUCCACCAAUGCUCUGCUGGCUAUCGCCAUCGACAGAUAUCUGGUCAUCGUCCACCCCCUGAGACCCCGGAUGAAGUACCAAACUGCCACUGGCUUGAUUGCCUUGGUGUGGGUGGUGUCCAUCCUCAUCGCCAUCCCUUCGGCCUACUUCACAACUGAAACGGUUCUCCUCAUCGUCAAGAACCAGGAGAAGAUCUUCUGCGGCCAGAUCUGGCCGGUAGACCAACAGAUCUACUACAAGUCCUACUUCCUCUUCAUCUUCGGCAUCGAGUUCGUGGGCCCCGUGGUCACCAUGACCCUGUGCUACGCCCGGAUCUCGCAGGAACUCUGGUUCAAGGCCGUCCCUGGUUUCCAGACAGAGCAGAUCCGGAAGCGGCUGCGCUGCCGCCGGAAGACAGUCCUGGUGCUCAUGUGCAUCCUCAUGGCCUACGUGCUGUGCUGGGCGCCCUUCUACGGCUUCACCAUCGUGCGCGACUUCUUCCCCACCGUGUUUGUGAAGGAGAGGCACUACCUCACGGCCUUCUACAUCGUGGAGUGCAUUGCCAUGAGCAACAGCAUGAUCAACACCCUGUGCUUCGUGACCGUCAAGAACAACACCAUCAAGUACUUCAAGAGGAUCAUGCUGCUGCACUGGAAGUCUUCUUAUAAUGGGAGCAAGUCCAGUGCGGACCUUGAUCUCAAAACCGUGGGGGUCCCCGCCACCGAAGAGGUGGACUGCAUCAGGCUAAAAUAACCCAGUGGACCUUUCAACGUUUAAACAGGACCUUUGGGACAUUGACCAGUGUGCUUAGAUACACGCUGUCAACCAAGAACUUUUGGUUUGCCUCGGAGGUCAGAGUAAAUGGACAACUAUGGGAAUAUUGUGUUCAAGGAGCUCAGAUUUCCUGAAACUGGGGUGACUAGUUUUAGACAUUCACUGAA